UGCACCUCAGAGGUAUAUGCGUUCGAGUUGAGAAUGGAAAGAGCGGUGUCGAGCGAGUCAAGAUUGUAGCAGAGACCGAGCGCGCCAAUCACUGUGCUCACUUGUUCCUCACUUUCAUCAUCAUGACAAGCAGACUCCCGAAGCUCAUUGCAAUGGAUCUCGAUUACACGUUAUGGGAUCUUUGGAUAGACACCCAUAUCACUCCACCGUUGCGGUCGGAUGGGAAGAUGUUGAAUUGCGUGCGGGACAGAUAUAACCGCGAGAUCGAGUUCUAUCACGAUGUUCCCGACGUCCUGCAUCGACUGCGUGAAGCUGGAGUCAUCAUUGCUACAUGCUCUCGUACGCAUGCUCCUGAUGUAGCACGCCAAGCGCUGUCGAUGCUCCUCGUACCUCCGAAGGCUGGCGAGAGGCAUUCGUCCCCUACUCCUGCCAUCAAAUACUUCGAUCAGUUGGAAAUUUAUCCAGGGUCUAAGGUCAAACAUUUCAUGAAGCUGCACGAGAAGACGGGUCUACCCUACUCGGAAAUGCUGUUCUUCGACGAUGAACAUAGAAACAGCGACGUUGAGUCUCUUGGCGUGACAUUCUGCCUGGCUGCCAAUGGCUUAGACGAACGCACCUUUCAACAUGGGCUAGAUACCUGGCGGAAGAAGCAUCUGAUGAAGGUCAUCGAGGACGCGGCUGAUGUAACCGAGGAACAGAGUUGACUUCAGGAUUCCAAACGGUGUCACGAGCAAUAACUGUAUACAGACAAGGACAAUAAAAGCUUCGGCAUGUGUAGCAUCACUUCACAACAGUACUAAUGAACAUCAAAGCUUGUCAGGAG